UUGGCGGCCUGACCAGCCAGGUCUGGCGCAGCGCCUUGUACGCAGCCAGCUGGGUCGCCCAGCUUCAGGUUGGCGCCAAAAACAACAAAAGGGAGCGACCCAUUGUCGUCGAUUCGGAUCUACGACUACUAUGCUACGCUAUUCGCUCUGCAUCGGAUAAAGUGUGCCAAAGUGAGGCUGGCCCUUUGUGAGAUAAUGCGCCGCCGCCUCCCACUGUCACCUUUUUAUCACCUUUGCUUUCACUCCGCAACACAGACACGGCAGCUGAGAAACAAUCACAAACUUGAACAUAAAGAAAAGGUCUGGCAAAUUCAGUCAAUGCGAGCACAAAGCCGUGAAACCAAGUGGCCCAAUCACACGGGUGUUUAGCGCCAACGGGCCGUUGCCGUAGGCGUCCUACGGUCACGCAUGCCAUGUGAGGCAUCGAGCUGCGGGAUGUGCACAGCUGGACCAACCAGUCAGAGCAACCGCAACUUGGGCGUUGACCGCAUUUGCAUGGGCAAGGCAGCCUAGCGACUGUGUUGUCGCUGACAAGGCAGGGCCCUGGGUAUUCAGCCGCAGAUGACGGUUUGCGUGAACCAACUACCUGGAUCGUGGCAACGAGCGGUCUUGGCCGUGUGGCGACCUUACUCUUUGCGACAGGUAUGAAAGAACAAACACCUCAAGGCCCAAGCGAGUGACUCAUGCAUCUACAGCGUCCCUCACGCUUCCUUUACUUGGUUCGACAUAGCUUCGCCUAGCAGGAAUAAGGACAAGCAGAGAGCGCCACAAUUUACAGGCUUUCUGUGGCGGGCUAUUGCAGACACGCGUGGUUCUGUUGGUCGUUUCUUGGCUUGCGCCUUAUUCAUUAUGAACACCAUAACCCUAAAAGAGCCUUUGAUCGCAACGAUCGUAUUUACAUACAGAAAUUAAGUCAUACCCAAUGUCUUUUGGGCGGCCCUGUGGUCUCGGCUGCGGCUAAAAAAAUACAGGAGCUGUGCAUUACAGGAGCUUUCCCCGCGUUUUAGCGGAUCGCCUGUAGGCCCACUCCCCUGGACUGAACAGACGCAUGACCGCCGUUUUCGUUUACGUCAGGCACCUUCAACAGCUAGCCAACCUCUUCGCUUUCCGACCGUCUUUGUUCAACAUAUUACAUCUUGGGACAGCCAGAUUGAUUGAAAGAUUGCCAAUACAAACGCCUCAAAAUACACAGAGACAGGCACUGAUUCCAGUUUUCUUUUCUGGCUCUCCCAGGUGGUGCUGGAUUCCCUCCUCAGUUGGAGGCCUCAACAACACAGCAGCACACGAUCACCACCACCGAGCUCAAUGAGCUCCCAAAACCUCCUCCACGAGGAGGAGAGAUCCGCUGGCAUUUCUCAGCCCAUCACGCUCACGUCGGCCAUCCCCGCCACGGAUGUCACCAAAGUAUGUUUGCGGCUACGGCAUCUCGUUCAAGAAUGUAUCCCGUGUGAGAUGGAAGAGUCUCGAAUCACGACACCGCACAGUCGCGUUAUCACGCAGCAGGUUGUGCAGGCAGCCAAAGAGGCUGGUGGCCGCGACCAUGGCGCAUGCGUCGUGUAUUGCUUACUGGUCAACCAACGAUGGUUUCGCCACGAAUCAAACGUGGAACUUUGGGAUGCAGGCUUGCAUAAUCUCCGAGCCGAGGCGUGCGGAGUAAUCGCAAAAGCAAUAAUCGAAGGAGAGGAAGAUCUCCACUACCUCAUGCAUUGCAUAUUGCUCCGCCGAUAUUCCUACCUGUCCAAUGGAGCUCCGACUCCUGCUGUUAACGUUAUCGAGAAAGCUGUCGAUUUGCACGCAGUUCGCGUAAUAGGCUCAUCAGGCUACCAGAAAUGCAUAAACUAUCUCUGGAGGGGCUGGCUCGUUCAGGAUGAGAAUGACCCCUCCGUUUUUGUCGACUAUGGUAACAAGGACAACCCCAAUUUCUUCGUUCACAUGGACCCGGACCGUAUGCGAGCCCCUCGGUACCAAAACGCCGCACAGUUGCUCUUUUCGCUGCUCUAUCUUGCGCUCUAUACGGUAGCCAUCAACUCUGUGAAUCCAACGGGCGAGCUCGACGGAGCAGAGGUGGCAUUGUACAUCUUUACCUUGGGCUACAUCUGUGACGAACUUGUCAAGGUCUAUAAAGCAGGCUACCACAUCAUUGGGUUUUGGAAUGUGCUAAACGCGGCACUAUACUCCUUCCUGACUGCGUCUUUCGCCAUUCGAGUGUACGCUCUUACUGGUACAACGAAUCGCCGUGACCAUGAUCAUUACAGCACUCUUAGCUACAACAUGCUUGCUUUUACAGCUCCCAUGUUUUGGAUUCGUCUACUGCUCUACUUCGACAGCUUCCGAUUUUUUGGAGCCAUGCUGGUCGUUCUCAAAGUGAUGAUGAAGGAGUCAGUUAUCUUUUUUGCCCUACUCGUUGUCGUCAUUAUUGGCUUUCUUCAGGCCUUUAUAGGACUUGACAUUGCUGAAGACAAUGUUGCCUCUGAUGUGUACUUCAUCGUAGAGUCCAUGCUCAAAGCAAUCAUGGGAAGCCCUGAGUUUGAAGGGUUUGAGAACUUUGGCCACCCGUGGGGAACCAUUUUGUACUACUUCUUUACUUUCGUUGUCAUGAUUAUCCUUCUUAACAUUCUCAUCGCUCUGUAUAACUCAGCAUACGAGGACAUCUAUGAAAAUGCCGAUGACGAGUACCUUGCCCUUUUCGCGCAGAAGACGAUGCAGUUUGUCCGCGCUCCCGACGAAAACGUCUAUAUUGCACCCUUUAAUCUAAUCGAAAUUGUUAUCUCUGGCUUAACAGAAUGGUGGAUGGCUAAGGAGACGUACGAAUUCACAAAUGACUGCGUUAUGGGCGUUGUCUAUUCUCCGUUACUCGUCGUUGCAGCCUUUCUGGAAACGCGAUCAGCAUGGAGAAUACGCCGCAACAGGGCGCGUGGAGAGGAAGAUGACGAUGUGGUUGAAGAAUGGGAACAGCUUGAAGAAGAGCUAGAUUUUCAGGCCGAAGGCUGGUCAAAGACGUGCGCCAAUGUCAAACCUAACGUUGAAGACGACGCUGCCGUCAUUGAGGUGAAAAAGCUUCGCAAGGAGGUUGAAGAGCUCAAGACACUGAUUACGGAGCUUAGCAAAGCUGUGCUAAACAAAGGGACGGAGUCUGAUUCUAAGCUGGAUCCCCCCACUGCAUCGAGAGACAAGGGAAAGUCGGUUGAUAAUGGCGCUAACGCAUGAGCCUUCUCGCCACGCUAGUGUAUUAUCUCAUCUCGUUCGCCAUACUGUUAUUAUAUAGAGGUCUUCCUAUAAUUAACCUUAUCUCAUACCAUUGGCUCCUAGUUCCUCUCCGCUGGUGGGAAGUAGAGUCUGUACGUAUUAGCUCAAACUCGCUACAUCAAGACACAGUCGACUUACGGAAUCAUGUCGUUGUAAGCUGCGACGUCCUUUUCCUCAAAGGUCACAAAUAUGAUCUGCUCAAUCUUGCCCUUGUUCUCGUCGACAAACUCCCGCACCGUCUCACACGCAAUUUGCGCCGCGUCUUCGCUCGGAUACCCGUAGACUCCCGUGCUAAUGCCCGAGAAGGCAAUGGAUACAAGAUUGUUUUCAAGAGCGACUUGAAGACUGUUUUUGUAGCACCCGCGUAGAAACUUGCUACUUACUUCUGGGCUGUCGUAUAUCGGCCCAACGGUAUGAAUAACGUGUUUUGCAGGCAAUUCAUAGCCUUGUGUAAUGCGUGCCUCUCCUGUCGGGCAUCCGCCUAGCGUGCGGCAUUCUGCUACCAGCUCUGGCCCAGCACCUCUGUGAAUAGCUCCAUCGACACCGCCACCGCCUAGUAGCGAGUUAUUCGCUGCGUUGACAAUUGCGUCCACCUCGAGCUUUGUGAUGUCUCCACGGUAGAGGCCAACAGUGGCGUUUGCCUCCACAGACGGCGACCUUUUUGGCAUCGCAGUCGACGCUUUUAGCAAGGAUCUAACAUAUAAGUUUGCAAUACUGGGAAUAUGCUUUGCGGUGAUGAUGAUCGGCGCCAUGUUUGCGUCUUUGAGUCUUGGUUGAUCGGUGUUUGCUGAUUGUCUGGUG